AUGAGCCUUGGACAAUCCUGUGGUCCUUCUGCUCCGGAAAAUCCGCAAAGGCCGGCCGGAGGCGCGGCGGAAGCGGCGGUCGUGGAAGGGGCGCGCGAGGGGGAGGCAGCGGACUGCGAGGGUGGAGAGCAGGAGCUGUUAGGACUAGAGGCGGAGGAAGGGAUAGUCGUCUCCUGGUCUUUAAAUAACGACGCUGCGGCGCGGGGGAACGGCGGAGCGACGUGCGCAUCGGCGGAGGGAGCGGAGUGGGCAGAAGGGGUGGCGGGGGAGGACCGCAUGCAGGUGGUGGCCUCAGGUAAUGGCUACGUGUUUUCUGCCGUGUAUGACGGAUUCACCGACACGUCAGCAGCCGAUUUUCUUGUCGCUAAUCUGCACUCGCGCUUCGCCCAGCAAUUAGUUGCCCGCGGGUUGGAUUUCGGAGAGGCAAACUCGAAUGCCUCGUCGGUCCCGGCGGAAGGAGCUGCGCAGAAAGAAGCGGAGGCGAAAGACACAUCGCGGCGACACGAGAUGGUCCUGCAAGCACUAGCGGCGGCGCUGAGCGAAACCGAAGCGGCGUACUUUGAGUCGUUAGAGGAGCGAAUGGCGGAGCAGUUAGAGCUGGCGGUGGCGGGCGCGUGCCUCGUGGUUGCCGUGGUGGCCGGGCGUGAGCUGUACGUUAUGAACCUCGGGGACUGCCGCGCCGUGGUUGUGGCGGAGGACGGGCAGGCGGGGCAGGCUGGGCAGGCGGGGGAAGAGGGAGAGAUGGGAGAGGAGGCGGAGGCGGAGGGGCGGAAGAAGCUGGCGGAGUUGCGGGCGACUCAGCUGACGGAGGACCACAACACGAGCAACGAGAAGGAGGUGGAGAGGUUGAGGAGGGAGAGGGCGGACGAUCCCGACGUCAUCACAAAGAUGCGAGUCAAGGGCAAGCUCAAGACCACCAGGGCGUUUGGUGCCGCCUACCUCAAGAAUCCGCGAGUCAACGCCAUGCUUCUCGGCAUGCUGCGAGUGCAGUACGUGGGGUCUCAGCCCUACCUCUCCUCCUCACCACACCUGCACCACCUCACUCUCUCCCCCUCCCACCGCUACCUCGUCCUCUCCUCCGAUGGCCUUUAUCAACACAUGACUCCUGCCGACGCUGCUGCCUCUGUGUCCCGCGCACUGGCUGCUGUGGAUAAGGCUUCUGGCGCUGGUAGCACCAGUGCUGAGGGUGGUUGUGGGAGCCCGUGUAAGGGCGCUUGUGGGCCGAAUCUUUCGCAUGCGCUGGUGCAAGAGGCGCUUGAUCGAGCUGCGAGAAGAGCAGCGGGAUUUAACGACCGCUUCACCGCUCUGCACUCCUCACAACCUCUCCCAGCACUGGGUCCUUUCCGUUCAGAGAGCGGCAGUGCAGCAGCACACAUGCCUGGCUACUCCCAUGGAUUGGCACCAGGAGUAACAUCAGGGGUUUCAUCAGGAUUGACCUACACAGGGAUGCUGGAAGGCGGGCCGUCAGCAUUGGAUCCUGGAGGGAGGGGGUUCAGUGCGCUGAGUGAAUUUGAUGCAGAGGUGGCCGCAGCAGGGGGGAAGCAGCAAGGCGGCAGCAUGAUGCAAGCGAUGCAGGCUGCAAUGGGAGAAGACCCUCAGCCUUCCCUUGGCGAUUCCAAUCAGUUUCCAUGGUCCUCCUUGGGGCACAGAGCUGGGGGAUAUGGGGCAUCAGCACUUGAUUACUCAUCUCGCCUGUCCGCAAUGGGGAUGGGUUUGGGGUCAGGAGGAACUAGAGCUACAAUGAUGCAAGGAUUGGAAUCUCUCAACUACCAACAGCUUUCCGGAAGGGCACAGGGGCAGGGGAUAACAGGGGCUGAUGACUUUCCCGGUAUGGUGGGAGCAUCAUCUGGGGGGCUGUCUCAUAGGCUAGCUAUGGAUGAAGGAAGGAUGCUCAUGGGUCAAGCGGAGGCUGGCAUGGAAGGGAUUGGAAGCGGCACUGGCUUGGCAGGAUUCUUGCAGUACCACCACCAUAGCCUGGAUCCGUCGCCGCUUCCCCGCACACCAUCAGGCCAAGUCAUCAUGCCAUCCAGCCACGUCAGCAUGUCGGACAGAGCGUACCUACAGCAGCCGGCCAGCACCUCGUUCCAGAGCCUCCUCGCUGCUCCGGAGGAGAGAGGUCUACCCGGCUGGCCUGACAGGGCGCUAGGCUUCGAUGCCGGCCCAUCUUUUGGCGGUGGUGGUGGUGGCGGUGGCGGUGGUGCGUCCAGUGCGGGCAUGACUGACGCCAUGCUGUGGUCCGCUAGUCUCCACAGGGAUCUCCAAGCAGCAGGCAGGCUGGGAGGAGCUGCUAGAAUGGGUUCUGGUGGAGCUACGGCUGCUGGGGUUCAGGCACAGCAGCAGCACGAGGGGGGUCUGGAGCAGCAGCAGCGUCAGGGUGAGCCGGGAGUGGGAGGUGCUGGCGGUGAUGGGAAAACUGUUGAGGCAGAGAGUGGGGCACUGGACGCUGGUGCGGAUGGGGCAGAGGGGGGUGAUGCAGGGGGGGUUGGUGGGGCAACACAGGGUGGAGUGGAGGGCGGUGAGGGGAAGGGGAGCGGAGGAGCAUCAGAGGGGGAGGGAGGAGAUGGGGGUUUGCAGCGGUCGUCACGGCUGCCUCCCUGGGCGAGGAAACAGCUGCAGCAGUCAGGAAGGGCCCUCGGGGGCGACCCUUUCCGUGUGUCCUCCCCUCGACUCGCCUCCUCUCCCCAUCUCUCCUCCCAAUUUUCCUCCCCGCUCUCUUCCCCACACCUGCCAUCUCCCCUCUUCUCCCCCGGCCAGCCUUCUCCAUUCUCCUCCCCUUGCUUCUCCCACCUCCCCUCCCCUCGUCUGGCCGAAUUCCAACGCCUCUCCAUCUCCAUCCCACCCAGCCCUCCCCCUUUCGGCGCACACUCCCCCUUAGGGGCGUACACACCCAUGGGCGCACCCUCCCUCUCUUCCAGAACCCCUGGCUCCUUCCCCUUCCCCACGCAUUCCCCCCUCUCUGGUGCCUUUCCUUCCGCCAGCCUCAACACCCCUUCUGUGGCCAAACUCUCCCCCAGUGUAGCUGCAAGCAACCGCAGCAAGAGGAGGCUGGCCCUUCGCGCCCACCACUCAGGGGCGCAUAUCCCUGGUAGAGGGCGGCACACAGGGGGAAGAGGCGGAGGGCUUGGGGGAUCCCUGGGGUCCCCAAGAGGGAGCGGACGAAUGGGGCAGCAGAGGAUGAGGGUGCAGGGGACGUCUGGGGGUUUGAAUGUGGGUGGAGAAGGGAUGGGUGGGACGGGGCACGGGCAGGGAGCCGUGGGUGUGGCAGGGCAGCAGAUGAGUCCGGGGCAGGUGAUGGUGCAUGGGAAUGUGAGUGGCAGCAGCAGUGGCGGGGGAGUUAUCGGUGGCAGCAGGCUGCGACCACAGGCUUCACUGACCGAGUCCGAAGGCAGGGAAGUCAGGGCCUUGUGUCUGGAGCCGCUAACCCGCAGGGGGUCUCUCACCCGGUCGGAAGGGGAGGGAAGCGGAGGCAGUGGCGGCAGCAGGGGCACGGCACUGGCAAUGCCACGUAGGAUCGCCAGCAUGGAGGUCACCGGUGACGUUGCAGGGCCUGCUGACGUGGAUGGUGGUGCUGACGUGGACUCCAAGUCGGGCGGGUCUGCUGGCAGCACGCCAAAGCAGCUGCAAGGCGUGUCCAACCAGGAUUUGUCUCCAUCCACAGGCACUGGCUUCCGUGGCUAUGGCUCCAAGAGCAAGACAAUAGGCGUCUUGUUUGAGAAGCUGCUGACAGCCAGCGACACGAGCCACCUGGGGCGGGUGGUGCUGCCCAAGGUGCCGGCAGAGCGCUUCCUGCCACACGUGGAGAGCAAGGAGGGCAUUCUCAUCAUUUUUGAAGACUCUAUCGGCGGCCAGUGGUGCUUUCGCUACAGGUUUUGGCCCAACAAUCGGAGCAGGAUGUAUGUGCUGGAGCACGCAGGAGACUAUAUUCGCAAAUACGGCCUUACAGCAGGAGAUACCGUUAGUUUUCUCCGCUCCGAAUUCGGCCAUCUGAUGCUGAAGGAGCAAAAAGCGCCACCAGCAGUGCUCGCCGCGCCUCCCACCGUCGCCAGCCCAUCCAUCCUCGCCGCCCCCACCACUCCUGCGCCCGUCCUCGCCCUCUCCACGCACCCUGUCCCGCUCUCUGCUGUCCCCAUCACCCCCUGCAUCGCACCUCCUGUGACCGUCCCUAUCACCCCUUCGCGAGCCCCUCUCUCUGCUCUCCCUACUAUGUCCAGCGUAACACAGGACGUCCUACCCCAGUUCCCACCUCCACCUACCUCCUCCUUCGGUUUCCUCCAGCACAGACCAGACCUGCGUCCUCAGCCCCACUCCCUCCCUUCCCCACAGUCGCUCCUCCUUUCACACUCACUCCCUCUCACUCGCUCCAUUGAUCGCUUUCAGGGGAGUAUCAUGCAGGGAGGUGAGCAGAUAGAAAGCGUCCCUCCUACCCAAGACCCACUUCAGGUGGACCCCCACCUCCCCUCUCCCCACAGCCACACGCCCCGCCCUCUCAGGCUGCUCUCCGUGCCUUCCCUACCUAGGACCCCCACACUCCCACCUGAUACUGACGGGCCUGAUUCGGCGCAGAAAUGUGUGGGUGAAGCAGGAGGAGGUGUGAGUGGGGCACAGGGGCAGGCAAAGAAGGCAGCAGAGGCAGGAGCAGCAGAGGCAAGUGUGAGUGGUGCUGCGAAGUUAGACUUGAAGGAGGGUUUCGAAGGGAGCUGGCAGACUGCUGCUGCCAUGGCCCUGCUCCCUGGCGAUCGGGGUUAUGAGGAGCCAACUCGCGGUUUUGGGCAGCCAAGCAGUGGCUUUGAAGACCCUAGCUGCAGUUAUCAUGUGCCGAGCGGCCGUAUUGUGCAGGAUCAGGAGAAUUGUAUCGUUGGCCAGUUGCAGUAUUACGGUGAUUUGGUGGGAGGAAUGGUGAGGGGCGACGAGAAGGGAAUGGAGAGAGGAGGGAGGGCGAUGGAAGAGGAGGGGUUUGCGGCGAUGGGUGCUGGAUUGGGUGAGACGGAAGCAGACCGGCCUGCACACAUGGGGAAUCAUCUAGAUGCCCUUAUGGAAGAUGCAGAGACAGAGGCGGCUUUGGGUGAGAAGAUCCUGGUUUUGAGCUGA